AUGCGUUCCCAAUUUAUUCUCGUACUUGUUGUUGGUCUUCUAGCAUCGACUUAUGGUUAUCAUCUUUCUGAUGAGAAAAAACGUUCGAUUGAAAGCGAACCUCGUCUUUUUCAGUUUCUCGAAGAUUUCUAUGCUCAAGUUGUCUAUAAACCACUGAAUCACAUUGUUCAAAACGUGGCUCUGUUGGGUGCACAAGUUUUAGCUGGUAUAUCUCAAACUGGUAUUCCUGCUCCUGGUGGUCGCACAAUUCAUCUAUCUGAUCGUGAACUUCGAAAUAUCUUUGAUGAUUUAUGGACCAAUGUUGUAAAACCACCUCUUGAAAAUGCCAUUCAAGGACUUUCACUCAUGGCUGCUCAAGUUCUCGCUGGUGUUGGUACCAAUGGUAUUAACUUGUCGAAUAUUUUUGGUAAACGUGAUUUAACUGAAGAAGAAGCACGUUUUCUUGAUUCAUUUGCUAAUGCAAUGCAAAAUGUUUUCUCCCAAGUUCUUCAAAAACCAUUAGAACAGGCUGUGCAAUCUGGUGCUUUGAUGUUAGCUCAAGUUCUCGCUGGUGUUGGUACCAAUGGUAUUAAUUUAUCAAAUAUUUUUGGUAAACGUGAUUUAACUGAAGAAGAAGCACGUUUUCUUGAUUCAUUGGCUAAUACAAUGCAAAAUGUUUUCUCCCAAGUUCUUCAAAAACCAUUAGAACAGGCUAUGCAAUCUGGUGCUUUGAUGUUAGCUCAAGUUCUUGCUGGUGUUGGUACCAAUGGUAUUAGUUUAUCAAAUAUUUUUGGUAAACGUGAUUUAACUGAAGAAGAAGCACGUUUUCUUGAUUCAUUGGCUAAUACAAUGCAAAAUGUUUUCUCCCAAGUUCUUCAAAAACCAUUAGAACAGGCU